GUUAUAGACGCAGCUCUGACUGAAUGCAGCACAAAGAGAAUAAAUGUUCAACAGCUAACGUGGAACUGCGGUGUUUUGUAGUUGAUAAUCGUAUUAGCAGAAAACACGAUGAGCAGAGAACAGCCAAAAUAGAAAACAUAACCUGCAUGAGCUUUGCUGACGAAAACUAAACAUCGCGAUACUUCAGUUUUUCUCGCCUGUGGUGCCGUUACAUCCAUGACGCUAGCAGGCUCCGCUAGCUAGCUAACUAUCAACUACGCAUUGGGAAAAGCUAAGCAGAAAUCAGGCAUUCUCCAGAGAAGAGGAGUCCCGCUUCACUUUCACCAAGCUUACUCUUUGCACUGAAGAUAUUAACUGACAUUAACUUCCCCAAAUCCUUAAAAACAACAGACACUUUUUGCUGCCUGCGUCUUUCUCUGUCUUGACUCGCCUGUGCUGAAACAUUUUGACGCCAGAGAGCAGCUCCGCUUUGUGACGUCAUGUCUCAGAAGUCGCAGUCGGACGGAGGUCAGAAACACUUCGCCGUGGGUCGGGGGCUCCUGGCCGCCGCGGAGACCUUGAACUUCAGCAUGAACGAGCAGCGAUCCAGCCGGCAGAUGGGGGGCAUGGCCUCAGGUGCGGGGGUGGGCGGUGGCGGCAUGGAGGGCCACGACGGCAGCUCCCAGAUGUCCCGGCGUGGUGGCGGCGGCAGCCAUCUUGGCAACACCAUGAAGCUGUUUGCCAGUUUGGGGCUCUCGCCCUCCGACCUGGACGCUCUAGCUGAAAUCCCUGAGGAGGACAUCAGUGUGGAGACGCUGCCGCACAUCCUCAUGCAGCUCAAGAGCCGCAAGGGAGACACAGGAGAGCGGCGGGUGGCGUCCUCCAUGUCCUCAGACGCUGCGUAUCGAGGAGGAAGGGACAGCUGGGACGACAUGCACGUCGGGAGGAUGGGCGGCCCUUCUCUGGGUCAAGGUUCAGCCCGGGCCCAGCCCUCUGCAAACUUUGGGUACAGUUCCCUGCAGGACGGUGCUCCCAGCCGGGGCUACAGCUUAAGUUACGGCGGCGGUGGCGGCGGCGGUGGUGGGGGUGGGAGCAGAGAGAGGCCGUAUUCUGAGCUUUCCCACCGUGAUUCCUACAGUGGCCUCAGCAUGGGGCCCCCGAACUCCGACAGCGUCUUUAUGCAGAUGAGGAUGGGCUCCCCGUCAAACGGAAAAGUCCAAGACUUCUUGGGAGUCAUGCCCGCCAUGUUCCCCCACGUGUGCUCUCUUUGUGACUUUGACGUUCAUUCCAACAUGGAGUGGAAUCAACACGUUAAUGGACUUCGACAUGCUGAAAACAGGCGGCUGCUGCUCGACAUGUAUCCAGAGUGGGAGCCUGGCAUGUCCUCCGGCAGAGGUGGGGGUCUUCUGGACACCCCCAACCUGUCUGCAGGGCUGCUCGGACCGGCCCCCAUGUCUUCGGCUCACACAGGAGGAGGGAUGUCCUCCAGCUGGGGAGGAGGUGGAGGUCCUGGUCUGUCAGGGAAGAACCAGCCGGGACAAAAUAAGCUGAGAAGCAGAGUGGUGGUGGUGAAGUACGACAGGAAGCCUCUCAGCAACAAGACUCUGUUCGCCUUCACCGAGCCGUUCGGCUGCCUGCGGGAGCACCUGGUCCUCAAGAACAAGGCCUUCUUGGAGAUGAGCAGUCACGAGGAGGCUCUGGACAUGGUGAACUACUACGAGCAGCACCCGGCGGCGCUGUACGGCAAGCCCAUCACCUUCUACCUGUCCAAGAGGCUGCUGGUCAUUGAGAAAGACGAGCGGUCGUCGGACAGGUCGGCGGACAGACCUGUCAGGGAGGUCAAAGGUCACGGCAGCCAGGUGGUGUUCUUCUCCAACCUGCCCAGAGAGGAGGAGAAGAAGAAGGAGCUGCUGACCAUCGCCGGGCGCUUCGGCACCGUGGAGAAACACCUGUUCCUAACUGACCAGGCGUUCGUCCAGCUGGGGACGCCCGAGGACGCGGAGAUGCUGGUGAAGUAUUACAGCGUGAACUCGCUCACCAUCAAGGGUCGACCCAUCCGCCUCAACAUCUGCACCAAGUACAAGACCCUCAAUGUGAACCAGAGACAGGGGGGGUCCGGUGGAGACGGCCGAGGCCAGAGGAGCGGCGGAGCGAACUCCGGCUCCGGAACCAGGACUUCCUCCAGCUCCCUCAGGACCUCCUCGUCCAAAUCCUCGUCCGGCUCCAGGACCAGAGAGGAGAAGAAGGAGGAGGAGGAGGAGGAGACCCAACUGAAGCCGGAGGAGAGACCUGCAGCGGAGGAGGAGGAGGUGUCAGGGGUGAUGGAGGGGGAGGAGGCGGGGGAGGAGCAGGUAACCGAUGGAGACGCAGAGGGGGAGGAGCCAGAGAGAACGGAGUCUGUGACGGAGAUGGGGGAGGAGCCUGAGCGUGUCCAACAGGAGGAGGUUCCUGAUGGUGAUGAUGUCACUGACGACACGCCUGGAGGUGUGGGCGGGGCUGACGGCGAGGCCAAGCAGGGGGCGGAGUCAGAGGGCCAAACAGAACCGGCAGAAACUGAAGAACACGAGAACAAAGAAGAACCGAGCGCAGAACCAGGAGCGAGCUCAGAGACGGUGGAGGGAGAGCUACCUGAGGACAAGUUUGAGCGGGACUUCCUGGAGAACAUGGAGGACUUCGUGACGUUGGACGAACUGGCAGAAGACGAGGACGAAGCAGACGGAGAGUCUGACUCCAUCGACAACACGAGGAGAGGGGGCAUGAGGGUGGUCAACAUCGUCGGUUUCAGACGAGGUUACAACUUCCUCAACGAGCUGCUGGGACUCGCCAAACCUUUUGGGAAAGUGGUCAAACACCUGGUGCUGGACUUAAGACCUGAGGCGUACCUUCAGUUUGGGACAGAAGAAGAAGCUCGAGCGAUGGCCAAGUUUUACAACAGUAACGUCACGGCGUCGGUGUGCGGCCGACCGGUGAGGGUCAGUCACUCCAUGAGCUACCCGACCAUCCAGUGCGGCUCCAGCAAGGUGGUGUACAUCGGUCAGAUCCCCACCAGCAAAUACAGCGACGACGCCUUCCUGAAGCUGGCCGAGCCGUUCGGGAGAGUCAAGAAGUAUUUCCUCAACAGGCUGAAGAGAGAGUGUUUCAUCGAGAUGGAGAACGCCGAGGACGCGGAGAAAAUGGCCGAAGAUUGCAAAGCAAAUCCACCGAAGUUCAACGGGAAGCGUCUGACCGUCUACGUCAGCAGGAAGUACAGACAGCUCAAACACGGACAUCGAUGUCCGACGAAGAAGAGAGAAAACAGCGGCACGCCGCCAACGCGCCCCGAAGAGCCUCCGGCCAAGAAAUCCAAGGACGAGAAGAAACCAGAGGAGGAGGGAGAGGAGGAGAAACUGAAGGAGGAAGAAGAGAAAAGGGAGGAGGAGCAGGUGGAGGAGAAGAAAGAGGAAGAUGUGAGCACCGCUGAUGAGAAGAGAGAAGGAAACUCAGCCGAGGAGACUCCUGAAGUUUCUGAUCAGAACCAGACGAGCUGCCAGGAUGAGGCGAAAGACGAGGUGGAGCAGGCGGAGGAGAUGGAGACGUCGACCAAUCAGAACGGACCGGCUGAGGCCGCCCCGCCGGCUGAAAACAAACCCAGCGUGGCGUCUCUGCCGCUGCCCCCCCACGACCCCAACAACCCCAUCGGUGUCGAGCAUGUGAAGAUGGGUUACUACUGCCGCGUCUGCUUCCUGUUUUACUCCAACGAAGAGACGGCCAAGAAGACCCACUGCAGCAGCCAGACGCACUACGACAAGCUGCAGAAAUAUCUGGAGAAGGAGCAGACCAAAGCAGAGAAGAAGAAAGGGAAGAAGACGACGGCGUGAAAACACUUCCAGCUGAUUCCUCCAACAAAGGAAGUGGGACUCUUUUUAUUUCAGUUAGGACCUGAAGUCUGUUGUCAUGGUGAUGAGAUCUCAGGCGGGAAAUUAAUACUUUUUUUUUUUAAGUCUGUUUAUAUGUUAAUAUAAAGAGUCGUUGGUACAUCAGCUGUUUGAGGUUAUUACACCACCUGUACAGGUGUUAGCUGGAAGCUAGCAUGUAACACACACACACGUCUUUUUAAAAGAAAACAUGCCAGAAAAAAAAUCAUCGUUAAUAUUUGCUGGUUUUCUUCGUCGUCUAACAUCAGAUUUGGAUCAAUUUCAUUUAGUCCGUAAAAUGUCCGAAAACCAUAAAUCAAGCUCAGAGUCAAAGGUGACGUCAAAAGAAAACCAGCAGAUAUUUAAACUAUUUAAAGGUCCGGCGUGCAGGGUUUAGCGGCCUCUAGUGGUGAAACUGCAGCCAUGUGAACACCGCUCGACCUCGCCCUCCCCUUCAAAGCGUGGAGGAGGAACUCGUGAACGGCCCUCUCUAGAGCCGGUGUCUGGUUUGUCCGUUCUGGGCCCCUGUAGCAAUAUGGCGGUUCUAAGGUGACGAAAACACAACGCUUCUUAUUUUCAGGUGAUUAAACACUGAUGAAAACACACUUAUAAAUAUUAUAUUUCUGCCGACGGCGCCUCCUAAAUGUUGCACGCUGGACCUUUAAACGAUGAAUCGAAUAUCAGAACAGUUGAUUUAUUGACCAGAGGACUGUUGGACUGAAACGACACGAAGACGUCAGCUUGUCUCUUUUCACCAUUUUAUAAACCAAACCAUCAGGAAAUUAACGAACAGAAUAAUCAAUGAACAUAAUAAAUAGCUUGAAGCGACGCAGCAGCAGGAAAUACAGCUGAAGUUAUUAAAAGCAGUAACGAUCACAACAAAUACUCCUGACAUGGACAUGCGAGUGUUGGAUUAAAGGAAUCGUAAACGUUUUGGGAACUACUCUUGUUAGCUUAGCAUAAAUACUGGAGACGGGGGGGAACAGCUAGCGUGGCUCUGUGCACUAAAUCUCACUGCUGAACACGUUUUGUUUUAUCUGGUUUGUAGUUUUUACGUGAAACAGUUUGGGGAUUGAGUCAAGCUGAAGUCCUGGGACUAGUUCAUGACAGCGUAUCCAUCCGCCCAGUGACUUCCUGGCACUUAGCGGAUGGAUACGCUGUUGUUUGUCUGAAUUAAAGUAACGCGAUCAUCAGUGAGAUUAUAGUUUAGAGGAUUUGGCCAGGAACUUUCAAAGAAAAUACAUGAAUUUACUAAAAUGUCAAACUUUUCCUUUCAGCCUCUUUUUAUCCUCCGAGAGAAGCAACUUUGAAUGUUGAACUGUUGAUGUUUUAUAAAAUAAACCAGUUUCCUGAAACCCGA